AUGGCAACCCAAGUAUCAGGAACGGCAUUCAUCACCGGCGGAGCGUCUGGCAUCGGCCGAGGAUCUGCAGAGAUACUGGCCCAGAAUGGCAUUACGAACCUGGCCCUGGUGGAUUUGAACCUCGAGCAACUCCGGAGAACACGCGAGGACCUGCAGACUCGAUUCCCCCAGGUGGUCGUCGAAACCCUAGUGGCAGACGUGAGCAUCGAGGCCUCAGUCGACCACGCCGUGCGGGACACGGCGCUCCUAUUUGGCCGCAUCGAUAUCGCAGUGCAUUCAGCGGGUAUCAGUGGACAGACCGGACUGAUCCAUGAGCUGUCAUUGUCUGACUGGCAGAAGGUGAUCGACAUCAACCAGACGGGGCUCUGGCUCUGCCAACGCGCAGUCAUUCGGCAGAUGAUGGCACAGGAAUUGCGCGGUCCCCGGCUGGGUAAAGGCGUGAUUGUGAACGUCUCGUCGAUAUUUGGCAUCGCGACACCACCGGCACAGUUCGGCAUAGACCCGUAUACAGCAGCAAAGCACGCGGUAGUGGCAAUCACCAAACACGAUGCUAAAGCGUACGCCCCGGAAGGCAUUCGCAUUAAUACCAUCUGUCCAGGAUUCGUGGACACGCCUCUGAUUCGCGCCGACAUCGAGGCCGGUCACUUUGCCUCGCAUUUUGAACAGACUCCCAUGGGCCGUGCGGCCAGCAUCGAGGAGAUCGCCGAGUCGGUGCUGUAUCUGGCGUCGCCCAUGAGCAGCUAUACCUGCGGCAUGGCGCUGGUAGUGGACGGGGGGUAUACAGCAUGA